CCAUGAGCCGCCAUUUGACGCGUUUUCCCCACCAUAUCACAACCAUUAACCCACUUUAUCACUAAAAGAUAGUGGACAGCCGCUUUCGAUUUACAGUAACUCUAGCACUUACACCACAAUAUACUAUUUCUUCCUCCCUCGCUAUCGAGAUCCUUGCGGCUAUUUCUGGAAGAGACCGUGAUGCAGAAGAACCAACUUUAAGAGCUUUACGGAAAUCUCCAAAUCAGCGGCCACAAUGGCUGCUUCGGCCUCGCCUUCGCCAGGACGCGCUUCCAGAUCGCGUAGCACAACACCCACCUCGCCAGUCUUCAACGCUGAUCAGUCUGAUGUCAACAUGUCUGAUAGCUCUGACGAUGCGGACGAGGAAAUCCUGCGACCAAGAGGCAGAUUUGCUGCCGGAAUGCAGUCAAAGAGCAACCCAGCUCCCGAAUCCGAGUCCGAAUCUGACGCCGAGAUGAGAGAUGAUACCCCGAAGCGACCAGCGAAUCCUCCUAUGACCAAGAACCCCGUCCAAGACGAAGACGACGAAGACGACGACGAGAUUGUAACGACCCGCCCGAGAAAGCUACAGCAACGACAGCGAAAGCGCACCGCGACACCCGAACCCAAGCCACGAGAUGAACCGACCGCUGCCUCCCCCGGCCUCUUUGUCUCUCCCGAGAAACAAGCAGCCCAAGCGCCCGACUCCCCCGGGCUUUUUGUGUCGCCUGCGAAACCAGCAGACCGUCCUGAAGAUGGCUUAGCAAGCGACGAUGAAGAGUUCCCCAGCAUCAGCAACCUCCAGAAGAACCCUCGUUUCCAGGCACUUGUGGAGAAGAAGCGCAAAGAGCGCGAGGCCAGAGAAGCUGAAGAAGAACGAAAAAAGGCCGAACGACGGGCAGCAUUGGCAGCUGACGAUCGUAUGUCUGUGGAUGAGGACGACGACAACAUAUCCGACGACGAGGGCGGGCGAAAGCUUACACAAAAGGGUGCUACAAAGAGACCUUCACAACGAAAGGCUAGCAAGAAGGCGCUGGAGGAUAUGAACAGGGAGACACAACGCAUGGCAAGAGAGCUACAAUUGGCACACGAACCGAAAGUCAAGAACAAGAUUACCAAGGCUACGCUGUUCGAGAGGUUCAACUUUAGACCUGCUGGUGCCGCUGCUGCCCAGGCGGCCACUACAGAGAAGCCAGCGAAAGAAUCUAGUAGGCCUGAGUCGCCGGCGACGUCAAGGCCAAGUGAUACGGAAAAGGUACCAGAGAAGGAGACACCACCAAGCUCCCCUCCAGUGGGAAACAAGCAGCCCGACAAAACAGUGGAAGAGCUCGCCACGUCCACCGGCGACCUCCUCCUAGAAGAGAACUCGGACGGAGAACUGCCCACCUUCGACGAGGCUCUCACCCAAAGGAAGAAGCUUGACAAGGGCAAAGGCAAAGCGACCGCCGCCGAUUUCGAAGCCGAAGAGCAAGCCAAGACCACUGCGUCCCUCCCGAAAGUAAAACGCAACGUCCGCGUCAAAUUCCCGCUCCAACCAUCCUCCAUCCAAGCCAACACCAUCUCCCUCGACGACGACGAUGAUGACCUACAAGUCAAACCCCCCACCCGCAAAUCCAAAAUCGACGCCAUCUUCGACCGUGUCCCCCUCAACCAAACCCGCGAACCCCGCCCCCUCCAAGUCCUCCGCAAACUAGCUCACAUCGACGACCCCGAAAAACUCCCCGCCGCCCCCUUGCCCAAAAACAAACAACAUCUCUCCAAGCACCAACCGCCCGCCAUGACGCCCGGCGCACUCGAGAUGACACUUCUCCAGCGCGCCAGAGCGCAAGCCAAGCGCGAGCGCGAAGAGCACCUAGAGAUGUUGAGAGCCAAGGGCGUGGUAGUCUUGACUGCCGAGGAGAGGGCGAAGGAGAUGCAGGAGGUAGAGGAUAUUGUUGCCAGGGCGAGGAGGGAGGCGGAGGAGAUUAUGAAGAGGGAGAGGGAGGAUGCGAGGGAGGAGAGGAGGAGGAGGAAGGAGAAUGGGGAGGAGGAUCCGUUGGGGUGGGAUGAUAGUGAGGAUGAUGAUGAGAGUUUUGUGGGGAGUGGGAAGGGGGAUGAUGACAAAGAAGAGCUGGAGGCUAUUGAGCUUUCGGGGAGUGAGGAGGAGGAAGAGGAGGGCGAAGGGGGGGAUGAGGAUGAGGAUAUGGCUGAGGCUGAUCCUGCCGGUGCUCUCUUUGAUGAGAGCGCUGAUGAGAGCGCUGAUGAGUCUGGGGAAGAAAACGCUGACAAGCUGGAUGAGGACGAGGAUGAGCUGCCUAGCACCAAGACUGUCCGCCGUCGGCCACGGAAGCAGGUCGUUGUUCUCUCUGACGACGACGAGGAGGAGGAGGAGCAAGUCGUAUCGUCUAAGCAGCGCAUCGAGGAAACUCCUCGACCAAAGCAGCGUUUCCCAAAAUCCCCGACAUCAGCCUUGCACUCUGGCUCUCCCAGCGUUCCCACCUCUGUCCUACGCUCCGCUCGAAAGAACUUCAUCCCCGGCCUCCCCGUCCCGGUCGCCGGUCCGGCCGGUCUCGGCCUCACCCAAAUCUUCGCCGGAACCAUGGAUGACAGUCAACCCGGCUCUCCCUCCCAAUUCGGCGGCAGCUCACCCUCUCAACCCCGUCCAACCUUCGACAUCGAUCUCACCGACAUCCCCGACUCCAACUUCUCCCAAACCGCGGGCCAGCAGCAGCCAGAAGAGGAUAUGAUCCUCGACAGCCAACCCUCCCUCACUACUCGCCAGGCCGCCAAAGACAAGGAGUCUCAGGCGGCAUUAGAAACCCAAGGUGUCCAGCUCGGCUUCUCCCAGUCCGAGUCGCAAAUGCAUGGCUUCGAUAGCUUGCUGAACCAAACGGCGUUUAACAUGACGCAAGGGUCGGAGCUGAUUGAGCCGACGCAGGAUCAGGGGUAUAAGAAUUAUACCCCGUUGAAGCAGAGGUUUGUUGAUGCGCCGCUGCCGCCGCAUUCGACGGUUGAGACUGUACUGGUUAGUGGCCAGGGCGGGAAUAGUAGUGCGGCUACGACUACCUCGACCUCGACGCCUGGUGGAAGUGCUGGUAGUGGGAAGAAUAGUCUCAGUCCGUCAGGGAAGAGGCCUUUGGGGAGGUUAAGGAGAAGGGGGGAUGUGAUCACUGGGUCUGCAUUGUUUAAUACAUCGACUUUGGAUGAGGAAGAAGAAGACGGUGAUCAGGAGAUGGGAGAUGCGGGUGACGAUGACCGUGAGGCUGAGAAGGCCAAGUCGGCUUUUGAAAAGAUGAAGAGAGCUGCUGAGAGGGAGAAGAAGAGAAAAGAGGCAAAGAAGAAGAGUAAGGCGAGGGAGAUGGUGGAGGAGCAGGCUGAAGAGUCUGAAGAUGAGUAUGCGGGGUUGGGAGGCAUAGAUGGGGAGGGUAGUAGUGAUGAGGAGGAUGAGGAGUUGGUGAAGGAGAUGAUUGAUGAUGAGACGAAGGCUGGGGAGGGCGAUGAGAGGAAGUUGGCUGCUUUCUAUGCCGACCGUGAACGUGCCUCGAACGAGAAGCAAGUCGAGAAGCUUUUCCAUGAUAUCACCACGGGAAUGCUCCGGCGCAAGCGCGCCCGCGGCGAAGGUGGCGAAUGGGACGACCUUUCAGACGAGGACGACGGCGGCGAGGCCCGUCGCCGGAUGAAGAGGCGACAGUUCGCCAAGAUGCAGCGGGCUCUUCUGGCUGAUGAGCGCAUCAGCAAGGUCGCCGAGAACCCGAAGACGAAAGCGUUCCUUAAGUCCAUUGAGGAUCGCGGCAGCGACGAUGAGAUGGACUUCCUCUUUGGCCCUGCGGACAAGCCAUCCUCCGUCAUCCCUGAGACACAAGAAUCUCAGUCCUCUAGUAAAGACAAGACCAUCCCAGCUACCCAGCCGCAGACGACAACAUCCACGAACCCCCGCCGGACAAAGACCGGUCGCAAGCCGGCUAACCUGGGUGAAAUCCGCGAGAGCUUAUCCAACCUCCUAGACGAACCACACACCUCCUCCGUCAUCCCCGCCACGGUCCUCGGUUCCGACGACGAAGAAGAAGAGGAAGACAGCAUCCCCGCCACUCCCGGCAAGGAGCCCGCCCGAAACCAGUCAUCCUCCAAGCCAACUUCCACCACCACCACAAACAACCCCCGCCGCACUGGCUCAGUAGCCAUCGUAGACCGCAUCUCCCUCAAGCGCAACUCCUCCUCCACCUCCACCUCUUCCACCUCAAACCAAUCCAAACUCGCCUUCGCCGCCCCCUCCUCCUCCCUCUCCUCAUCAUCAGCAUUCAAAGUCCCCGCCUUGCUCCGUCGGGCAACAACCAACUCAUCUGCUCUUUCCGCCUCUGCCUCUUCUUCAUCUACCACUACAGGUACUCCAUCGGUAUCAGUCUCUACGACGACCAACCCCUAUACCAACAGCAAAGCGGCUGGUGCGAGUGGGUUUGGCGAGGAUGUCAAGAUCAAACGGACGGCGGGUAAGAUGUCUGGUAUCAAUUACUUUGCGAGAGAGAAUGAGCGGAGGGCCAAGGUGGCGGAGGCGGAGAAGAGGAGGGAGGCGAGGAAGUGGAGGGGGGUGGAGGGGAGGGGGGAGAGUGUUAGGGGGGUUUUUGGGAAGGGGGAGUUUGAAUAGUUUCUUGAGGCAAGGAAAAGGUUGUCAUUGUUGGAGUAUACGUACAUACAUACCAUGUUGAAUAAGGGGUUUUCUUAUACCACAUGAAGAACGGUUUCAGGGAUUGAUGGAUGAAUAUUGGGCAUAUCGGCGCUUCAUGGUUAUAUUUAUGGUUACGAUUUCUUGGCUUGGGAGGAUAGCCGUUAGGACUACUAAAAGUGUUAUGUCUACGACGGAAAGAAAAUAUUUUGACCACGA